GGGGACAGAGGAAGCAGGGACCUGCUGGAGCUGGGCAAGAAUACCAUGGCAGACCAUAGCAAAAGCUUUACUAAAGUGAAGGCUGGCCAUGGCGUGUGAGUACUUCUCCCACAGCGGGGUGUUGUUCCCAAGUCGUGAUUAUUCCUCAGAGGCUCUGAGCUACUUGGAGAAUGAAUUCCAGGUUCGGGAUGACGACAUCUUCAGCAUCACCUACCCCAAGUCAGGCACUAACUGGAUGCUGGAGAUCCUGAGUCUGAUCCGUUGUGAUGGAGACCCUGGCUGGGUGCGCAGUGUGCUGAGCUGGCAUCGGGUACCCUGGAUAGAAUCCCACGAGGGUCUGGAGGCUGCCCUGAAAUACCCUUCCCCCCGAUUGCUCUGCUCCCACCUGCCCAUCCAGUUCUUCCCCAAGUCCCUGCAGGGCUCCAAGGCCAAGAUUAUCUACACCCUGCGCUGCCCCAAGGAUGUGCUGGUCUCGUUCUACCACUUCUCCCAGGUUUGUCGCUUCUUGAAGACCCCGGAAUCCCUGGGCUCCUUCCUGGAGGAUUUCCUGAGUGGGAAUGUGGUUUAUGGCUCCUGGUUCGACCACAUCACUGGCUGGCUGGGGAUGAAGGGUAGCGAGAACUUCUUCUCCAUCACCUACGAGGAGCUGCAGCAGGACCCACAGGGCAGCGUGCGGAGAAUCUGCCACUUCCUGGGGAAGGAGCUGAGUGAGGAGCAAGUGGCUUCGGUGGUGGAGAACGCCUCCUUCCAGAGCAUGAAGGGGAACAAGAUGUCCAACUUCUCCCAGCUGUCAGACAAGUACAUGGACCACCAACUGGGGGCACUGUUGAGGAAAGGGAUCUGCGGCGACUGGAGGAACCAUCUCUCAGAGGCGCAGAGCCAGCAAUUUGACACUGUUUACCAGGAGUGGAUAGUGGAUGCAGGGGCUGGGCUUCACCUUCCCCUGGGACUGAGGGCUGGGCAGUUACUCGGCAUUGUAGUGCACGGGAUGGGCAAGCAAAGCUGCCCCCCCCCAUUGGCUUGUAGUGCUUUGUGCCCAAUGUAUCCCUCCCUGCAGCUUUGUACCCUGUCCACAGAGCUGUCUGAUGGCCCUAUGCUCCUUCCUGUCUGCCCCCCCAGUACACCGGCCUGUGAUACCCACCUAUGCUGGGCUUCUUGUGCCCCAGAAGAUACCCCUGGGGCAGUAGCACUAGAGUCUCAGCAAAAGGCAGUCAGAGCUGCAGGGACAUGUGUCCUGCAGGGGUCAGCACCUACCCCUGGGCACCCACAGGCCAGGUCUGAUCCCAUGCCUAGGGGGCAGCACGGGCACACACACACAUAUGCACAGAAACACACACACACGCACACUCAUACACAAAUAUAUUUGCUCACAUACUUAUACACACACUCAUGCACAAAUAUAUUCUCACACAAACACACUCAUACACAAAUAUACUCGUGCAUAUACACAAACAUUCUCACCCAUACACAAAUAUACGCUUGCACACACACAUGUCUAUACACAAAUACACUCACACACAGAAAUGCAAACACACACACACACACCUAUACAAAAAUAUACUCGCACAUACACAAACACUCACAUGCACACACAAAGACACAAAUACACAUAUGCAAACACACACAUACAGACGCAAAUAUACUCACUCAUACAAACAUUCACAUAGACACAUACACAAACACACAUAUGCAUACAUGCACAUACAAAUACUCACUCACAUGUACACACACUCAAACGCAGACCCAUACACAAAUAUACUCACAUACACACACACACACUCACACAGACACAUUCACAAACACACACAAACACAAAUACACUUGCUUACACAUAUGCAGGCGCACACACGCACGCUCCAAUGCUGAUGAAUGGGUCCAUGCAAACCCUCCGUGUCACCGGGUAAAUGGUUCCAUUCCUGUGGGGAACGUUCCUAGCUUCUCAACAUUCCAGGGGGACUGGCUAGUGAAGGGAUCUGAGUCCUCACUCCAGCUCCUGGUGCCCAGAGUCCUGCCCCCGAGGGCUCCCCUUCCUCUCGCCCAUGGCAGAGUCCUCAGCAUCCCACCAAGGCCUAGUUCCUUAGGCCGGGGUCAGGGCACGGGUGCAAAUAUGGCCGCUUCAGAGAAAGGAGCUGAGUGAGAAGCAAGCAGCCACGGUUGCCCAGCUGCCCAUCCUCCUGUGGUCCCUGGACCCACCCAACCCCAACUCCGAUGAGGUCCCCACACCCAAGGUGGCCCAUCUAGCCACCCCCCCACACCUCUUCCAGCCCUGAGCCCCACCCAUCCUCCAGGUUAUGAGUCCCCCUCCCCCUGCCCAUCUUUUCUUAAUGUUACAUUAAUACAGACCUCUUGUUUUUCAAAAACAAACAGGUGUGUUUAUUGAGAGGUCAGGGAAAGGGUGAAGGGAGGGGUUGUGGUGGGGAAGGGAUAGGGCCACAAGCCAGAGUUGUCCUUGUUGAACCUCAUCAGGU